AUGACAGCCCAUGCCGAAUUCGCCCCGCGCCGCCGCGCGCUGUGCGCGGCCACGAUCCGCCGCACGUCGGCCGUCGUGGUCUUUCACUUGGCGUUCAUCCUCCUCGGCUGCCUGGCGGCCUCGGAGGCGCUCGGGUUCGAGAGCAUCGCGGCCACCAUCGACCUAGGGCCCCUCGCGGUGUGCCCGGCCAACGAGCAGUGGAUCGGGCCCGUGACCACGAGCGGCGCCGUCAGCCUCAUCGGCGACGAGGUCCCCCGCGGCGUGCGCGCCGCCGCCUCCAGCGCGUCCGCCACCUACAAGUGCGACACCACAGGGCGCGUCAGUGCCAUCCGGGCGUCCUGGCGCCCUCCGGCGUUCCCGUUCUCGCUCUUCCCCGGAGCCACGCUGACGCUGUCGGACGCCCUGGUGUCGUACUCCCUCACGCCGCCGCCCGCGGCGCGGCGCGCGCUGUCGACGUCGGUGUCGUGGACCGAGGCCGAGCUGUGGACCAAGAAGAGCGCCUGGGACGCCGCCCACAACGACAUUACCUCCAGGGCGCUGUCGACGAGCUACACGAUCGAGCACUGCAAGCAGGACUGCCUCGACGACCCCUUCUGCCUCUCUCUGGCCCACGUCGACACCAGCGGCGGCCCCACCACGCCCCCGUCGGCCGUGGGGGGGGUCUGCUGGACCAAGCACAAGGCGCUGGCGGGCUACGCCGACCCCCGGGGCGCCGGCGUCGAGUACUGGACGAAGACCCCCGCAGCGCUCUACAGCUUCAACCGCGCCCCGGACGUGUUCCAGGCGGACGCCGGGGUCGACCAGCGGUACGGCAGCACCAUCUGCUACCCCCUGGCGUCCUACUUUGACCUCGCGAGGUGCCAGGACGAGUGCCUCGCGGACCCGGAGUGCACGGGGGUGUCGCACGCGGGGACGGCGCCGCUGUCGUCGACCGCGGGCGAGUGCUGCCUCAAGAAGGCGACGGUGGCGCCCGAGGCGAGCCCGCUGGGCAGCGGCGUGGUCCUGUACCGGCGCAGGGGGGCCGAGCCGCCGGGCGCGCCGCUGACGUGCAAGAAGCUGAGCGCCGCGUUCACGCUGAAGCACUGCCGCGCGCUGUGCCUCGGCUUCGCGGCGUGCACGGGGCACACCCACGCGCCGCUGAUGCCGGGACUCCCCCUCUCUGACUCCUCCGCAUAG